CCUCAUGUCGUAAAAAAAUGCCCAGGAGAUGGCAGCAAAACUCCGACCGAAGCUGUCGUUGAACUCACAGCCGAAGAAGAACAGACCGGAAGGCGAAGCCGCGCAGUUUUAUGACAUGUACCCAAACAAGUGUGGACGCUUCAUGUUUGGGCUGUACAACCUCAGACCGACCUCCGUGUGCGGACUGGUCCGCGGGGCCACGAGCCGGAGCGGCUUCAGCGGGACCACGGUGUGCCAGAGGCGGCCGCGGAGGACCGGCCGCCUGGACAUGGAGUUGCGUCCCAGCGGCGUCCGGUCAGUCUCCCACACCACGGUGGACCCUGCCGAGGUCAGGAGGUUCCACUCGCUGGCCGGCAAGUGGUGGGACGAACAGGGGGAGUUCGGUGCUCUUCACGCCAUGAAUGACCUGAGGGUGCCUUUUGUACGGGACAAUCUGCUGAACGUGCACAGAGCGCACCAUCCAGGAAAACCACUGGCAGGACUGAGAAUCCUGGAUGUGGGCUGCGGGGGAGGCCUUCUCACAGAGCCCCUGGGCCGCCUGGGAGCCAGCGUGCUGGGUGUAGACCCGGUGGAGGACAGCAUCGCCACGGCCCGGCUGCAUUCGUCACAUGACCCGGACCUCGCCGACCACGUGGCCUACCGAGCCUGUACCCUGGAGCAGCUCGCGGCUGAAGGAGAGCAGGAGGAGCACGGAGGGGCCCAGUUUGAUGCUGUGGUGGCCUCUGAGGUCGUGGAACAUCUGGCCGACCUAGAAAUGUUUGCUCUGAGCUGCCAGAACGUGCUCAAGCCAGGCGGCUCGCUCUUCAUCACAACUAUAAAUAAAACCAACCUGUCAUACGCGCUGGCUAUUGUGGCCGCCGAGAAGCUGCUACGCAUCGUUCCCAACGGGACACAUGACUGGGAGAAGUUCAUCAGCCCUGUGGAGCUGGAGCGCCUCCUGGAGUCCAAUGGCUUUUCAGUGCAGUCUGUUCAAGGAAUGCUGUACAACCCGUUAUCCGGAGCCUGGAGCUGGACGAACAGCACCAGCAUCAAUUACGCCCUCCACGCAGUCAAACGGAGUGAGGAGGACGGCAGCUCCCACCCAGAGGAUCACGCCGCACACAGCUGAGCCGCGCCGAAACAAAGGCUCGCCAGGAAAGAAAAAACACGGAUUCAGCUGUCCAGAAGUAGUCCUGAUGUCCCAUCGGCCGGCACACAAGGCUGAUUUUAUUUAAGGGAAGAGACAAACAGCCUCCAGACUGAGUUGGACGUGGUCCACAGAUGUCGAGCCACAAUUGCAUUAAGAUUUCUCUGUGCUGCCUUAGUUUUCAAAUAAAUGCUGAGGACUAGAUAAAUGGCACUUGUUUAGACUCUCGACUGUCAGUUAAAGCAGCCUUAUAAUAACCACAUGUUAUCUGGGUUAUUGUUGUAAUCAUUUACAGCUAAAACUGCUUUUUGUCUUCUCUCUUGUUUUGCCACAUUGUUCAUGAAAACUGACCACCCAAAAUGGGCCUCUCCUUUAUCAGAGCAGGCAGCAGUGGACAAACCUAAUUUAUUUCCCCUUCGGCCGCAACAAAAUAUGGUUGUAUUCAUUUCCAUUUUUAGAAGCUAAAGCCAUGUGAGUUGUCCAGCUAGAGAGAGGUGGGGGGGGGUCACUUCCUCUGGGAUUAUAAUGGGUCUCAUGUGGAAUUAUUAUAUAACACAAAUCUCUCCCAGAGGCAGCAAAUAAGUCACGCUUGUGCGACGUUCUUAAAGAGACCCACGACAUGCCCACAAAAAAUAA